UUAAAGUUUGCCAACACCAGGAUAGAAAGAAGCAGAGAGAGAGAUCAGAGAGCUUACUAGCAUGUCGGCUGUCACCGGAGGUUGCUUUUUUAUGGCAGUUCAUUGUCGUGUAAUGCCCUCUUCGUCAUCAACUAGCAAACCAAAACUGAAGCCCAUAUCAAGAACGACAACGACCAAUUUAAAUGGGAAUAGGGGAUUUAAAAAGAAGCGGGAAGAAGUACAAACAGAGGAGAUAAGAGAGAAGCAAAAUCCGUAUGUAUUAGAGUUGGAGAAAAAAGAAAUGGAGUUUACGAGUAGUAUGAAAAGCUUCCAUGAUUACUUUGAGCAGUGCAAGAAUUUCAUUAAACAGGACAGCGGUCCACCUCGGUGGUUCUCUCCGUUAGAGUGCGGUUCUCGCCUGGACAAUUCUCCACUCCUCCUAUUUUUGCCUGGGAUUGAUGGUGUUGGGCUAGGACUCUGUAAGCAUCACCAUACUCUUGGAAAGAUUUUUGACAUAUGGUGCUUGCAUGUUCCGGUUAAGGACAGAACACCCUUUUUAGGCCUUGUGAAGUUUGUUGAGAGAACAGUAAGAGCAGAGAAUUACCAUUCGCCGAAACGACCUAUAUAUCUUGUUGGAGAAUCUCUUGGAGCAUGCCUUGCACUAGCUGUUGCAGCUCGUAACCCUGACAUUAAUCUUUCACUCCUUUUGUCUAAUCCAGCAACAUCUUUUGAAAAGUCACCACUGCAACCACUUGUCUCUUUCUUGGAAAUCAUACCCAUCGAACACCAGCUUUGGCUUUCUUAUAUGCUGAGCUUAAUGACAGGUGAUUCUUUGAAGAUUGUAAUGGACAAUGCAGUAAAGGGAAUUCCAGUACAACAAAUAAUUGGAGGAUUAUCAAAAGACGUUAUUGCUAUGUCAUCUCACCUCAAUGAUUUAGCUGCCCUUUUACCUAGAGAAACACUUCUCUGGAAGCAACAGAUGCUUAAACCAGCUUCAGAAUUCGCCAAUUCUCGCCUCCAUGCUGUAAAAGCUCAAACAGUUGUACUUUCCAGCGGAAAGGAUCAGCUGCUACCAAGUGAAGAGGAAGGUCAAAGACUUUUUCGUGCGCUCCCAAAAUGUGAGAAUAUCAAGUUUAAUGACAGUGGGCAUUUCCUCCUCCUGGAAAAUGGCAUUGAUUUGGCAACAAUAAUCAAAGGUACUGUUGCUUUCUAUCGCCUCGGAAUACACCACGACUAUGUUUCAGAUUAUGUACCACCGACCCCUUCCGAACUCAAAAAGUUAUACGAAUUGAACAGGUUGUUUCUGAUAGCUACAAGUGCUGUCAUGCUCUCAACUCUGGAAGGUGGGAAGGUUGUGAAGGGCCUUGCAGGAAUUCCUUCAGACGGACCAGUCCUGUUCGUUGGCUAUCAUAUGUUAAUGGGAUAUGAAUUGGCCCCGAUGGUAUCCCAAUUGUUGUUGGAAAGAAAUAUUCUUCUGAGAGGGCUGGCGCAUCCACUUCUCUUCAUGAGGAAGAAGAAAGAAGGGACGUUACCUCCAUUAUCAGAUUUUGAUCUAAUAAGGGUAAUGGGUGCAGUACCAGUUUCAGGAACCAACUUAUUCAAACUUCUAUCUUCAAAGGCUCAUGUGCUACUGUACCCAGGAGGUGCGCGCGAGGCUGCUCAUCGGAAGGGUGAACAGUACAAGUUGUUCUGGCCAGAACAUCCCGAGUUUGUGAGGACAGCAGCUAGAUUUGGAGCCAAAAUUGUGCCAUUUGGAGUUGUUGGAGAAGAUGAUUUUGGUGAAGUGGUUUUUGAUUUGGACGAUCAAAUGAAGAUUCCUUUCCUAAGGGAUGAAAUUAGAAGAUCAACAGAAGAAGAGGGUAUCAGAGUGAGGGCUCAAAUAAAUGGUGAGUUGGGAAACGAGAAUAUGCACUAUCCAUGGAUUCUACCAAAAUUUCCUGGCAGGUUCUAUUACUAUUUUGGCAAACCGAUUGAAACAGAAGGCAGGGAGCUGGAACUGAGGGACAAGGACAAAGCUCAGGAAUUGUACUUGGAAAUCAAAUCUGAGGUGGAGAAAUGCCUCGCUUUUUUGAAGGAGAAGAGAGAGAGUGAUCCUUACAGGAACAUAGUGACCCGAUUGACUUACCAGGCCAUGCACGGUUUUAAUUCUGAAGUUCCAACAUUUGAAAUAUGAUUGUUCUGUCCAAAGAAAGCUUAGUUUACGAAGAGAAGAUCAAAGAGAUUUCAUCAUGGCGACUGUCAUUCUUACUACAAGUAGCAGGUGCUGGCAGGACAACAUUCGAAUGGAUACUGUAGAUGAUACUUGUUAUCGGCCACAUGCCCAUUGUUUCCUCGGAAGAAUAUUCAGGCAGAGUCUUAUUAGUGAAAAGAUCAGUGUUAUCGGCAAACAAAACAACGGCAAAUAUGGUUGUGGAAAGAGAAUCAUCAUCACCAGGAGAAAGUGGAAAAACGUACGUGUGGUUUAUCAUAUUUGAUCAUGUUAGCAAUAU